GUGCGACGGAAGUGGGCAAUCCCUACGCCUAGCCUACUGCUCUUUGCAACGCGGUCGUGCUUCGGUUGAUCCACCUGCCUCAGCUGAUUGUAGCUGUAACGAUAACAGCCUGUGUAGGGGGACUGGACAAUGAUCUCUCGCCGCUCAACAUAUUUGUCACAGUCUUAACUCUCCCCGGGAAGAAUUCCACGUCCUUCACUCAGUUUUGUAGCCCUAAACUCCCACACUACGAUAUACGCCAUCGCUUCCGUAGAAUCACCGAAGCAAGGACACAGCUUGGUGAAAAUAGUUUAUAUGCCCCCGUUGUGGAUUCCCUGGAGACAAACGGGGUGGAGGCAGUUGUAGGUAGAACAGGCGCUACUUAAAGUGAGCUCUCGUCUUCCCCCAUGAGUAGCAGCACUGGCCAACGAGUUCUACGCUCCCGGGCUGCCAAGGCAGGUCAUGGAGCUUCAGGAGCAACAACAACAUCAACAUGGCCCUCCCAGGACCCAAACAUGGACUCUUCCUGUAGUUCAACCUCCUCAGUGGGCUCUACCACUCCCUGUGGCGGCGGGGGGAGCCCCUGUCUCCUGGGUAAGUUGAUGCAACUGCCAGCCCCACCGCUGUCUCGGCACCAGCUGAAGAAGUUGGAGGAACACCGGUAUAGCAGCGCAGGCCACUCCCUGCUGGAGCCCUACAUGCAGCCCUUCUGGGAGUGGCUGGUGGCCCGGGUACCCACUUGGAUGGCCCCCAACCUUAUCACCAUUGUGGGCCUGAGUGUUAACAUCUUCACCACCUUGAUACUGGUCUUCUACUGCCCAACCGCAACUGAGCAGGCACCUCUGUGGGCAUACCUGACUUGUGCACUGGGCCUCUUCAUCUACCAAUCCCUGGAUGCCAUCGACGGGAAGCAGGCGCGACGCACCAAUAGCAGCACUCCCCUGGGAGAGCUCUUUGACCAUGGCUGUGACUCCCUUUCAACAGUGUUUGUGGUUCUGGGUACCUGCAUCGCCGUCCAGCUUGGCACCAACCCUGACUGGAUGUUCUUCUGCUGCUUCGCGGGCAUGUUCAUGUUCUACUGUGCCCACUGGCAGACCUACGUAUCGGGCACCCUGCGCUUUGGCAUCAUUGAUGUGACUGAAGUGCAAAUCUUCAUUAUAAUUAUGUAUUUGCUGGCUGCCGUUGGAGGAACAGCUUUUUGGCAGUUCUCGAUCCCUGUGGUGAACAUUCAAAUAAAGAUAGUUCCAGCCAUCCUUACAGUAGCAGGGGCCAUCUUCUCCUGCACUAAUUACUUCCGGGUCAUAUUCACGGGAGGCGUGGGGAAGAACGGCUCCACUACAGCUGGUACGAGUGUCCUGUCACCUUUCUUCCACAUUGGAACUGUGAUCACUCUGGCCAUCAUGAUAUACAAGAAGUCCUCCGUCCAGCUGUUUGAGAAGCACCCCUGUCUCUACAUCCUGGCAUUUGGCUUGGUGUCGGCCAAAAUCACCAACAAGCUGGUGGUGGCUCAUAUGACCAAGAGUGAGAUGUACCUUCAUGACCUGGCCUUCCUGGGCCCGGGGCUCCUCUUCCUCAACCAGUAUUUUAACAGCUUCGUCGAUGAGUACCUGGUCCUCUGGGUGGCAUUGGUGUGGUCCACUGUUGACCUGGUGCGCUACUGCAGCAGUGUCUGCAACCAGAUCGCCUCUCACUUGCACAUCUUCGUGUUCAAACUCAAACCCCCCGGCCAGUUCAGCAACGACCCCUGGUGACCCCUGGUGACCCCAGGGAUGGCUGUUGCUGCGACCGGUGGUGACCUCACACCUGGAACGCCCUCACCCGCCCAUCACUGUCUUAAUAGGCUUCUUAUUGGACGAGAUGAGAGGGGUCUCUCAGUAUUAGCCAAUGAAAAGACAGGCUCAUAAGUGGAGUGGUAAGAGGUGAUUUAACAAAAGAAAAGAGAGAAAAAAAACAUAAUUUAUUCCUAUAUUAGUGGUGUGCAAUAACCCCUUUCUUCAGUUGUCCUGUUUAGUAUGUAAGGAUCAAAAGAGGAUAAAAGAGCUGUUGUCUGUUGAUGUAAAUGUUUUCCCAGUAUAAAAGAUAACCACUUAAAAACAAUUUAUGAGAAUUAGAAGUGGUUUAACCAAAAGGUAUUGAUUGGAAUUUAUAUUGCAUAUUAUAAUCUUGUCACUGUACAUUAACUCAUUUUUGGAUGAAUGAAGCACGCAACAUGGAAUGGUUUGUGGGCAGGCAUAGUGUUUACCCUAACCCAAAUAAUAUAAUUACCUACAGGAUACAAUUUGACAAUAUAUUCAUGCGUUAGUGUAAGAGCAAUAUGAAUGUUAACCAAGUGUCUGUCUUUCUGUCAGUAGCUGUCGCUACUUAUAGGUUCAGUUCAUCGAAGCAACUUUCAGCUUCACUCCUGAAAACGGUUGUUCUCUUAAAGCUGCUGGCUAAGGUGUUAAGUUCAAAUGAUCUGAAAAUAGAUGGAUAGGAACCGCGCACUCUCGUGCACUUGGGAUGUUUUUUUUUUUUAAACGCUCUUCUUAACUGGCUUUAAGUUAGUCUUAUUCAUAUUUUGACUUCUCACUUGUACGUAGUAAAGGUAGGAUGGUAUUUAAUAAUUUUUGUUACAACCCAACAAACCAAGAUAGCAAAUGCCUCAUCAUGUUUACAUUACAUGGCUACGUUGUUUUUUGUGUUUUUUUUCCCCAUCUGUACAAAUGUGUUCAACUUCUGUAAGCUUCCAGUCUGCUUGUGCCAUAUGUGUGACAGAGAGGAAGGGUUGUUACUGUAGCUACUUUGACGCUUGCACGAGCCUCUAGGCAAACUGAGAAGUGUUCGGGCUCUAGUGAUGUUUUAACAGCAGCUACUUUUGCGUGUAUUUUACUUUAGUGUCCCAAAGGUCAUCUGUCACUGGAUUGAAUGUAGAACUUAUUCCGUGUUUGUCACGUGGCAGGUACCAGAGCUGCUAGCAUGUUCGGUAGGAAUGUUUGAGGGAUCUUUGUUACACAUCCUCACUCCCGUACAGUGUUUACCGUCUCCUGUGAUAUUUUGCUACGUUCGGUUCAAAGGUAAUUACAGUAUUGAGUAGGAUACGCGUCCACUUGAGUCCCCUUUUCCACUCGAAGGAAUUGUGGAGUAUGUAAAACGCAGCACAGCAGGGCAACAGUUGCCUUACGUGUAUUUGUUAGAAGGGUAUGAUGAGAUUGUCGGUUGCUGUGAUUCUGUGUGGCCUACGUGAGCUCAUGAAUCCAUCUCCCCCAGCGUCGGACGUCGUAUUAGACGUCGCUGCGAUGGCAUCCUCCGUGGUUGUUCUUUUGACUGUGAAUUCUGGUCUCGGUGUCCUGUGGGUCCUCUCUGUUUUCAGUACGACAAGCGGGUUCAUCUACGGGUUUCUGAAGCAGGUUUUCUAGAUGGUUCUGCUUUAGACAAGGAGUGGCUUUGCUGCGCCGUCCAUAGUCAAAAUAACUCAUUUGUUUUGACCCCCACCACCUACCCCUACUGAUUCACUAAACAAAUGUUGUUCUUGCCCGUUCUUUCAUGCCCUUUGUCCUCUGUUCGUGGCGACCAUUUUCCAACUGGCACUGUCUGUAUUAACAAGGCUAAAACCAGUAGAAAUGUCGUCGCUCAUAGACCCUGUGGUUCUCAUGCAUGUUAAUUAUAUGGAUGUACCUCCAGCUGUCAUGAGGUCCGAAAGCACAUCCAUACCUAAUAGCAGUUCAUUACCAUAUCUCCUCAGACGUGGUCAUUAUAAGUUGUUCUAAGAAGUGGAAAGUUUGCAUCCUUGUCCUUCAGGUUUUAGUGUUGAAUGAAGUUCAAAUUUAAGUUUUUAAUUUCAUGUUUGAUCAGUUGUAGCAUUUCUGUAAAGAAAAUAAUUACUAAUUUUGGAAUAAACAAAAGCUUAUGUAAAAUAAAGAUGGCUAUAUUUAUGAUAACA